AUGCCACCAAAACCUAGAACGACUGUUAAAAAACCAACAAUAAAUAAAAGAAAUGCAGAACCACCGAAAGUGGCAAAUUCGUCGAAUGCUAAUCCAGAAACCAGUAGUGGUUUGAGCCAGGAAGCUGAAGAUCAAUUUGAAUUAGAAUUAUGCUGGUGUAUUCAACAAUUAGAAAUGUGUCUGGCCACUGGAAAACUAUCUGAGAAACAAGUACACGAUUUAACUAAAAAUAUAAAUAUCUUGAGGAGUAAUAAUGCACCCUUGAUAAAAAAAAGACAAAUAAUGCGUAACACUCUAGGCAAUUACAGAGAAAAAAUGGCUUUGGAUGAACAGAAGCAUGGCAAAUCUGCAUCUUCCAUCAAAUUUACACAUACACCCACUCAGAAUAAAAAGUGUACAUUUUUGAAAAAAGCUGCUUGUACCUCUACAAAUGAUAAACAGUAUUCAGACAUUGAUGCAGCAUCUUCAAACACAAAUGAGAACUCUAUUGAUAUUGAUAAUGUACAAAAUGCAUUUAAAUUUAAUUUUCAAAUUAAAGAAUAA